CCAUCUUCCAGGACACUCGGAAAAACGAGGUCGACCUUGUCACCAGGAUGCAAGUCGACGAGUCAGUAGCCGGCACCACGGCCGAGAUCGAUGAAUCCCUCUACAGUCGCCAGCUGUAUGUCUUGGGCCACGAGGCCAUGAAGCGCAUGAGCGCUUCCAACGUCCUCAUCGUUGGCCUCAAGGGUCUCGGCGUUGAGAUCGCCAAGAACGUCGCCCUUGCUGGCGUCAAGAGCCUCACCCUCCACGACCCCGAGCCCGCCGCCUGGGCCGACCUCUCCUCCCAGUUCUUCCUCCACCCUGAGGAUGUCGGCAAGCCCCGCGAUCAGGUCACCGCUCCCCGCGUUGCUGAGCUCAACGCUUAUACCCCCGUUCACAUUCACCAGUCGCCAAGGUAUGUUGCGGUUUUGAGCAAAGAGUGGCCUUCGGGGGUUCGAUAGCUAACUGUGGUCUUUGUACAGUCUCGCCGAUAACCUGUCGCAGUUCGACAAGUACCAAGUCGUCGUCCUUACGAACCAGAACACCGAUCUCCAGACUAUUGUCGGCGAAUACUGCCACUCCAAGGGCAUCUACUUCAUUGCUGUCAACACACACGGUCUCUUUGGCGGCAUCUUCUGCGAUUUUGGCGACAAGUUUACUGUGAUGGACACGAACGGCGAGAACCCCGUCAACGGUAUCGUGGCUGGCAUCGAUGAGGAGGGUCUCGUUUCUGCGCUCGACGAGACCAGACACGGACUUGAGGA